AGAAGCAGCAUACACAAAACAGCAUUCUUCCUGAUUCUUCUUUUGCAAAGUGUUUUCGUUUUGCGACUUUCUUUAUUUUUGUCUUAAUUAUUUACAGAAGUUAGUAAAAAUGUCGUCGCAUUCUGCUACUAAAAUAGACCAAAAAGAAUAUCUUAAAAAGUAUUUGUCCGGCGACAAAGUAAAGAAGAAAAAGAAGGACAAGAAACGCAAGAAGGAUUUUGGUGCCGCUAAAGUGAAAAUUAUUGACGAUGACGCUUCGUAUAAUCAAACACAACAAGAAUUCGAUGAGGAGCUACUUCUUGGUGGUGAGGAUGCACCACAGAUAGUCGGCGAGUAUGUAGAAGAAACUGCUAACGGCUCAAGCGCGCCAAAGUGGCGUAGCAUUGUAGUGAAAGAGGAAGACUUUGAUGAGGAGAGUGAAGUAAAAGUGAAUCACAUAUCAGCGGAUGAUUUGUGGGGACCGAAGCAAAUUAAACGUAAAAUUAAAGAUGAGUUUUCACCACCACGUCGAAAAACAAAUGUUGACACCCGUCAACGUUCACCAGAUAACUCUCCGCCAAGGCGUAAACGUAAGGACAGUUUGAGUAUGCGUUCACCAGUUGCAGAUGAAAGAAGGCAUGGGCAUCUAACUAAACACGAUUCAUCUUAUAAAAAAACUGGUUCACCAAAGUAUAGUAGUAAACGACGAAAAGAAAAAUCACCAGUUCAAAGUUCAAGAAAGGAAAAGCAACGUUCGCCUGGUACAGUUAAUAGAUCGCCCGAUCAAAGCCCACCACGAAGGAACAAACGUACGCCGGAUCAGAGCCCGCCCAGGCGAAAUAAUAGUACGGCAGAUAUAAGUCCUCCACGAAGAAGUAAACAUUUAUCUGAUCGAAGAAAAGAAAGAAGUCAAUCUAGAGAUCAAAGUCCUAUGAGAAAAAGAAGAGAUUCAGCUGGUCCGAGCCCUCCAAGCAGAAGAAAUCGUUCAGCUGAUAGGCCAAAACAUAAUUCUGCCAACGGAAGCCCACCUCGAAAAAGCAGUCGCUACAACAAGGUCUCCGCAAGAUCUUCAAGUUCCGACCAAAGCCCACCAAGAAAAAAUAAACAUAAAACAAGAAAGCACAAGAGGAAAAGUCGAAGUCGUAGUCGAAGUACUGAUGAGAGUCCGCAGCGACGUAGGAAACGUGCCUCAUCUUCUGACCAAUCCCCACCGAGAUAUAGUAAUACCAAAAAAGGACAAAAGAGUAGCAGAUCUCCUACAAAAAAGAGUCAUAGACAUUCAAGCGAUCAAUCGCCUCCAAGACGAAAUGACGGUAAACAUUCACCGCCACGUAAGCGCCUGGAUAACGGAUCGCCAAUUCGUAUAAAACGUGAACAAGUUUUUCCAGACCAAUCACCACCACGGCGCAAGCAAGAAUUUGUUAAAAAGGAACCAUCGCCUUCGCCGCCACCCACGCAUAGUCGUUGGUCUAAGUUAGAGCGCAGGAGUAGUGAUUCUCCACCGCCAACACACAAGCCAAAAGCUUCUAAAACACUCGAUGGCAAAAGAGCUGGUCUGCAAGAUGCCAAGUCGCUAAUGCAAGAAACUGAGGAGCGUCGUAAGCGCGAGGACCGCAUGUACAAUGAGAUGUCCAAAGAAUUAUCAGGACGUGAUGCAGAGGUGCGUGUGCGCAACACAGGUCGCAAGGGUCAACGUGCCCGAGAUGCCGAAGCAGAAGAUCCUGAAGAGCGACGACGGAAGGAAGAGCAUGAACGGAAGAAGAAGGAAAAGUACGAUCGUUGGGGAAAAGGUUUAAAACAGGUCGAAGAACAUCGACAACGAGCAGAGGCUGAAUCAUAUGAAGGCAGUAAGCCAUUAGCACGUUAUGAGAAUGACGAGGACUUGGAUCGUUAUCUACGCGAACAAGAACGCGCCGAAGAUCCUAUGUUGGAGUACAUGCGAAAGAAGAAAAAGGAGCGGCAAAAAGAUACAGGCGCAGUUGCAGAGAUGCCUAAGUAUGAGGGCUCAUAUCCAGAGAAUAGAUUUGGUAUACGGCCCGGCUACAGGUGGGAUGGAGUUGAUCGGUCGAGUGGCUUUGAGAAGAGGUGGUUCGAUGUGCAAAAUGAGAAGCGUGCCAAGCAGGAGGAGGCAUAUCUGUACAGCGUGGAGGACAUGUAAUUCGAGAUAUGAACAUAUGUGUACUCGCUGAUAAAAUGGCUACACCAGUUCGUGUGGAAAACGGUCGGAAAAGGCAAAGCAUUCCAUCCGCUGUUAAUACUUGUGCUCCUUUUUAUGUAUUUAUAAGCAUACAUUAUAAUGCAACUAAAAAUUGUAAUGAGUUUAGUUUAAUUUUUAAGAUUUUAAACAGAUUUUUUCGCUAGAGACGAAGGUAAAGAACUUAUUGAAUUGAAGUUAAUUCCAACUCAGAGUUAUUGCAUGGUAGCGUUCCGACAUGGCGUUAUUGAAAAUGUUAAAAUUGAAAUUCAAAGUUACCCACUACGGAUUCGAAGUAACGAGUAUUUUGUAAAUAAAUACCAUCAAGUCAGGAAUUAAUUGUAUAAACUUUUGUAAAAAGAACUGUGCUGAAAA